GUCAGGAAGAAGGAAAGAGUUGCAGGAAAAGAAGGAGGGGGAACAUGCUCGGAGUGCCAAUGUUUCUUAGGACUUAUAAUCCUCGGGAUCGGUCGUGAAUGCCAGCAUAAUCCAUGUUGUUGUUGGGUGCACGAGGAUAUUGGAAGGAGUAUAGCUAAAGUGGGUGUUAUAUUAUAUAGUGAGUAGGGAGAGAGAGAGGAAGGGAGGAUAUUUUCUAGUUUGGUCACUGGAAUACGGAGUGAAAUGUGCUAGAUGCCGUUCCGGGUAAUGAGCUCGAGUCGUAAUAGAAGAACGGAAGACAUGGGCAACCAAAAUGGUAGCGCACCAUCGGGGGGCGCCGCCCCAGAGGUGAGCAAUGCAAACUCUGGGACCACCAGCAACGGCACCAGUAGCAGCAGCAGUAGCAGCAACGGCAGGACCAAUCUAAGACGAGCAACCAGUCCUGGAAUGCCCAACCGAGCAGGGAGAAAGGGUGCCCGCAGCGUGCAGAGCACUGCAGGAGGGACGCCGGCCCCUCCGACACCCACUAAACCCACGCACAUGAAGUCAUCUUCAAAACAAGAGCAGCAGCAACGCCCACACCAACAACAACAGCAGGCUGCCACUGCACAGAACCAAGCAAAGGGCAACGAGUUUGUGGAUUUUAUUUACGACUACGCCACAAAAGAGAAUGGUGAAGGAGAGGAGGAGGAGAGUAACGAUAAGAUUGGUGAGGAUACAACCAACAAAAAGAAUAAGGCAUAUGAUGCGGUGUUGGGUGGGGACUUAGCUGGGCAUAGAGAGCAUGUUGAUAAGAAACAAGGGCGAGAGAGGGCUAGGGCGCAUACCCACGGCCAUGCUGCUAGGAAACACAAGUCACCUGCCAAUAAACCAAACACAAAGAGCACAUUGGUUGUGGACUAUAUCGAUGCUUCACAGGAUGCCCAGACCUACUCCUCGUCGACGGGUCUCGCUGCGCCCGAUAUGAACGCGGGAAAUGAUGAAUUCACACGGGCCAAGGCUGCUCCAGAGCCCAAGCCACACAGGGAGAGGGCCAGAGCGCAAUCCCACGGCCACCGCAAGAAGGGCUCAAGUGACUCCAAGAAUCAAAACAAACAUAAGGGCACGUCUUCUUCGAGCGAUGCCUCGGACAGGGAACACGUGGUCAAUCUCUUGGCUGUUCCUCCCAAACCCGCUAAGCCCACUGAAAAUGGACAUCGUAGCAAACUCUCCUCCAGUACAAACGAACUGGACGUUAGCUCUCGGGACAAUAAUAGAAGUCACGAAAACCUGCCGGACGUCUCGAUGCAUGACUCUUCCAUGACAGAGAAACCGUAUGAAGCCAUGCCCACGCUUGAUAAGAACAAGAGGGGGGACACCCCGCCCAGGUCCUCUACCCCACCCCAAGGGGAUAGGACUGAGAAUGGUGUGAGUUCUGCUGAUCUGGCUAGAUUCAAGCAAGAGAAUAGUAAGCUGAGGAAGGAGUUAGCAGAUAGUCGGAAAGCCUCUGACAAAGACAGCAAAAAGAUUGAGAGUAUGGAGGCAGAGAUCAAGAAACUGAAGCUGAGGGAAGCGGAAGAUGCCAAGACACUGGAGACUAUGGUUCAACAUGUGGAGGCCAACCUCAAAAGAACUACGGAAAGAGCUGUAACGGCAGAGAACACGAUCACCAAACUGAAAGCUGAGAUCAAACAACUAAAGGGUGAACUGGGCGGCGGCAGCUCAAGUAAACAGAAGACAGAAGAGAACAAGGAAUUAAAGGAUAUCAGAGAAAAGGCCAACGCAGCUUCACUCAAACUUGCCACCGCAGCCAAAGAGGCAGAAACAAACAUCAAACAACUCAUGUCCGGUGUAGACGUCCUCAAAAUUUUGGCCGAGACGCUAGGCUGCAUCGACAGAAUAUCUGAAGACAAGUCAGACAAGCCAAAGUCGUUUGGGACAGCUCUUUGAUGACUCCUCAAGCUGUAAAAAGAAAAUCUAUCGAAGGAGUAUCGUUCACACCACACUUGGUCUUUCAUUAAAUGUUCUAGUGUGAACAGAACACAUGAUUUAAACGUUCAUUCCAGUGCCACCCUUUUCUUCAUAGUUCAGUGUGCAGAAGAAUGCGUUCAUAUUGGAUAGCAGGGAACAAGAACGAUGAUGACAUUAUGUGGAGAGGCAGUCUCUUGAACGACUUCAUAGCUGUGAAAAAUAAUCUUUUUGAAGAUGAAGAAAUCUGUCACAUUAAUCCUGGGCCCAUCUUAUAAAGAGUUGCGAUUCUUUCAAAUCGAUCGGGCUUCUUUUAUAAUACAGGGCCCAGGUCUUUUAUAACUGCUGUCUCUUGUGGAAGUAUUUCUUGAAGGUACAGCAAAGUACCUGGAUGUCCCAUUUGGCACAGUUUACAUAUGAACAGAUAAUUUGUCCUAUUUGAUAAAUUUGCAUUUUUGGGAAGCAUUUGUUUAGAGCAAGAAGGGCCAUUAGUUAAUGUACUUGUGGCACUGACACUGGAACUGGCUGUAAUUGUGUGGCACAUUUUCCUUGAGGGAAAAUAUUGUGAUAUAAGCCCUCUUCUAAUUCUCAAAUACAUGUAGACUGCAGAAGAUUAUUAACUUUAAACUUUGGUCAAGAUCUGGAAUUAGAUGAAGUGGCUACAAUUUUGUUUAAGUUAAAGAACGAUAUCAACAGUUAUACUUGAAGCUUUCACAUGUUUCCUUUGAACUCGGUAAUUUAAACAAAAUUGCAAUCCUAUGUAACGCUAUGUAAUUAUAGUUGUAGUUUAACUUUUGACAAUAUCCCAUUUGAAAUCUUAAAAAAAAAAAAAGGGUCUUUUAAUUACUUGAAUUUAUUAAUAGAUAAUUGGAAGUAACAGAUGUGAUGAUUUAUCAAACAAUAUAAAACCACGGUGUUUGUAUUCUGUAUGACUAAGCUUUUUCAAUUCAGUGCUAUAAGAGUACAAACUCAUCUAGUAUGAAAAAAGGGAUGUGACUCAGUAACGAUUAAAUUCUUUUGUCUUUUAACCUUACGGCGCCAAUCUACAACAUGGUAGGGAAUAUAUACAUCAGUUUCUUGUAUUCUCUCUGCAGUAUCUGUGAUAUGUAUUCUAUGAUUUGAAAAUAUAUUCAGCUUCAUUCUCUGCGUUGACACGUUGACAAGUUGAGCAGAACUAUUAGCGCUAUAGGCAUGUCUUUGCAGACAUGGUUUUUCUAUUGUUUUGGAAAGAGAAAGUUUACAUGAAUACUCCAUGAAAAUAUCUGCUUCCUAGGUAAUUUUUAUAGUUCUAAUUUCAAGAUAAAAAGUUAAUACACUUUGAGAUUUUUUAAUUCUUCAUACUAAAAAACUGAAAUUUUUAGUCAAUUCAUAACAUUUGAACAGAUUUUUUUUUAAAUGAGCUCUGACUUAAGCAAUAUAUUAUUUGCAUCUCAAAGACGAAAUUAAAGACUAAAAUUAUUUGUAGAUGCAUUAUAUUGAACCAAAGUUCAGUGUAAAUUUACCCAGGUACACGUUUACAAAAAUAAAACUGGUAUCAGUAUUUUAAAACUACUAGAAAAAUCAUGAGAGAUAUUUUCAUGGAGUACAAAUGCCAAUCUUUAUUUGGCAAAGUUCUGUCUUGGUGGAAGUUGAAAGUUUACAGAAAGAAAUCCCUUUUUGAAGGUGAUAGUGUACAUUGAAUUGAAAGACUAUGUCAUAGUGCAAAAACUUGCACUGAAAUAUUAGACUUCAUGAAUAAACAAUGGUCAAAAAUUGGAAGAUAAUUUUAAAGUUUAUUUUAUGGUUUUAAUUAGAAGUUUAAUAUCUUUUCUUUUUUAAAUAAUGCUCAGGCCUUCAGAAAAUUUAAUUUCACUAUAGCUUAUUACACAUAAGAUUUAGGUAUUGCAUAAUUUGUUUUCAAAAUGGUAAUUAUUUAUUUUUUAAUUAUCUAUUUCUGCAUUCUUUGCAAGCUUUGCACUCCAUGUUAAGUUAAUUAAGAUUUGUAUUUAAAAAUCACAAGGGGUACUUUUUGGGUACUAUUCCUCAGAAAGUAAGAAAGGAUUUACUUAUAUACGGAAAAUAAAAAAACACUUUGAAGAGAUAUUAGCUGUGUUAUCAUUGCAUUGAAUUUUACUUAGAUGUGUUGUAACCGAGCAUGUACAUGUAUGCCUUCAUUUUUGUACAUAGUAUUUUUCCAGCUAAGAAUACAAAAAAAAUGUGCUAUAUUUAAUUAUACUAUCUCUUGUCGAAUCAUGGAAGUAUUUACAAUUACUUUUGAAAACAAAAUGUGAUCUUGUGUGAUAUGUUUCAUUCCUAAACCAUAUAAGUCAUGUAUAAUAGUGUAUAUAAAACAUAUGAAAGCAUAUUAUUGUUAUUGCUUGUCAAGUAUGGAGUGCUAAAGCAUUACUUCUGUGUUUGUGUAUGAUAUUAGAUUUUAUAAAGGCAUUUUGACAGUAUAUGUGAUAUGUGGUAAUGUGUAAUCGUAUAAUGAUGAUAGCUUUUGAUUACUCAAUUUGUAUGUUAUGUCAUAUUUGUAUGUUACAUCAAAGAAUUUUUACUAAUGUCAAUUUUGACAUUGCAACUCGAUACUUGUGUGUAUAAGUCUUCCAUCGAGUAUCUUAUGAUAUAUAUAAAACUAUUUUUGAAUGGUAGAUAAACAGAAGGCAAUAUGACCAGGGUAAACAUCAGGAGUUUAUAUUUUUAUUCAAUUUUUUAGGAAUGCAAAUGUUGAUAUUGAGGUAUCUUAAAAUCACUUUAGAAUUAUCUAAAAAAUAUGACUAAAAUUGUGCAUCUGUUUCAUAGAAAAAACUUAUGAGAAGAAAAAAAUAAUCAUAUAAUUCUGGGUAAACAAAAAAUUUGGCACAAUUCAGGGGAAAAAAAACAAUACUGCCACAAAUCAUAAUAACAAUGGAAAAUGCGAUAAAAUGAAUGAGAUAAAAGCCUUGUAGUCAUAUUGAAUUUAGUGAAUAAGUUUCCUCCCUACAAUGUAUUGUUAUAUCUGUAACACAUAAUUUUCUUUUUGAUUGAAACUGUUUAAAAGGGUCAGGUUUGGGUUAUUAUCCAUUGCAGUUACAAAAGGAAUAUACUUUUCCCAGAUGAAUAAUUAACAUUUUUGCCAGAUGAAUUUGUAUUAUCGUUCUCAAUAGAACAUGUCUUCAUUUAAUAUUUUAAAUUAUUUUUGUUUCAACAAAGUGCAAUAUUUUGAAAUGUUCAACAUUUCCAUCAAACUUGUUCAUGUAGUAGCCUUAACUCUCAAUGUAUCAGGAAAAUGCCAGAAUAAACCACAAUGACAAGAAACCUGCAAUUCCGUUAUCACAAUGGGUAUAGUGUUUAAACCUAUAGGUAAAACUCCAUUAUCAUAAUGGUUAUAUAUUGGUCAAUUGCAAACCAUUACGGCAUCAUGUAGAGGUGCUCUGGUGACAUUCAAGAUGAGCAUGAGACAAGAGACCUGCAAUUAUAUUAUCACAAUGGGUAUAGUUUUUCAACCUAUAGGUAAAACUCCAUUAGCAUAAUGGUUAUAUUGAUAAAAUGCAAAGUGGUCAAUGGGCAAUUGUCAAGGCAUCAUGUAGGGGUGCUAUGGUGACAUUCAAGAUGUGCAUGAGACAUAUGUAUGGACUCUAUUAGAUUAAGAUUAUGUUCAAUGUUGAGAGCUAGAAAUGCAUUAACUCAUAUCAUUAUACAUAGAAUGGACGUCCUUAUGCCUCUCAACAUGUUAUUAAUUAUUAAUAUAUUAUUCUCCAGAGCAGCCGUUCAUUGCAUGUGAAAUUCAACCCUGCAGCGCAAUAACCAGAAUGUCAUUACCAUAAGACCAGUGUACAAAUGUAUUCAAAUUGUUAUGCAAUUGUCUUUAGAGACCAUAAGCUUGCCCAAGGCUUACCCAACAUGACAACAUAUAUGCACGGUCACAUGGAUUCCUUUGGUUAAGAUGCCACUAUAUGAAAAGGUGAACCAUAUGUAAAUAUUUUGUUACAAGGAGUUUCUGGGUAGAAAUGCAAAUGGAUUUAAAUCUAAACUGGUCUAUAUAUGCACUCAAAGAUAUUUGCUCAAGGUGGUGUUCUGCCCAACAUCCAAGCCGUGCUGCUUCCCAAAUGCAAAGAUUUAGAAGACACACAGGUAUGAAAUGCAGACUACAAUGUUUCAUUUGCUCAUGUAUUUAUGAAAACUAACUACAUAUCAUAUUUUUGAGCUAUUGUGUUGAAAAAGAAUCUGAAUAAAAUCUAAAAUUUCGAAAGAA